ACUACAUUAAUGAGAAAAAGAACUGGACUGAAGCUCAGCAGUACUGCAGAGAGAAUCACACUGACCUGGUCACAGUGACUAACAUGAAGGACAUGGAGAGACUCAACAUCUCAGCUGGAGGUCAGAGUGGAGCUUGGAUUGGUCUGAUCAGUAAACCAGAAUUUAACAGAACAUGGUACUGGUCUCUGCCUGGAGUGGAGUUCAAUGAAAGUGAGACAAACUGGAACACAGGAGAACCAAGUGAUACAGGAAUUACAGGAGAACAGAACUGUGGGGCUGUGUAUAAAAAUGUCACAUGGAACGAUCAGGGUUGCAAGUGGUCUGAAUAUUUCCUCUGUUAUGAUGAAACUAAUACAACCCAUAAAUAUCACCUGAUUAAAGAGAUGAAGACCUGGCAGGAAGCUCAGAGUUACUGCAGAGAGAAACACACAGACCUGAUCAGUGGAACGAAGCAACUAGAGGAUGAAGAAGUGAAGAAAUUGAUGAACUCUUCAGAUCAGAUAAUAUACUUUGGUUUAUUCAGAGACAAUUGGAGGUGGUCAGAUGGAAGCAGUUUCUCUUUCAGACACUGGAAUAAUGAAUUAGUUAAUCCAGAAUCUGUCAGUGAUCUUUGUGCCAAGAUUGAUGAUGGAGGCAGAUGGAAGAAUGAGAACUGUGAUAAAAGAAAACCCUUCAUCUGUUAUGAUGAUAAUGUGAUCCUGAUCAAAGAGAAUAAAACCUGGGAGGAAGCCUUGAACUACUGCAGAGAGAAACACCAUGACCUGGUCACCAUCACCAACAUGGAUCAACAGAUAUUGGUCCAGGAGAAAGUCAAGAACGCAUCGACUCCUUUUGUCUGGACGGGUCUGAGCUACGCCUGCACUCUGGAUUUGUGGUUCUGGGUCAGUGAUGAGGUGGUCAGCUAUAAGAACUGGGCCGAAGGUGAACCGAUGGACGACUGUGACAUGUCUGGAGCCAUGGAGACGAGAGGAAAACAUCAGUGGAGGAAGAAAAAUGAUACAGAGAAGUUUAACUUCAUCUGUUCUAAACAUUGAGACCCAAACCUUUGGCUUCUGAUUGUUUUGUGCCCAAAGUUACAUUUGAAGUUUCAGAAAUACAGCUCUGGAAAGAAUGAAUAGUCCAAUGCAUUGAACGCCAUUGAAAACCUAUUUAUUAAUAUUGAUCUCUAAUCUCUUCCUGAGUUAAAACAUUAGUUUUAUUGUUCCUAAAUGAAUACAAACUUGUUUUCUUUGCAUUGUUAGAGGUCAGAGAGCACUGCAUCUUUCUCCUCAGUUUGACCAUUUCUCAUUUU